GGCCAAAUUCGCACCGACCGACCGCCGACGGGCCGAUUUGCUUACGCACGCACGUCGCGUGCUACGAAAGAGAGGAUGUUCCAGCGAUCCGUCGCGCGCGAUUAUCGCUCGUGGUGAGGUAACGCGCGGUGGUCGUGGUGUCGUCGCGGCUUCCGCUGACGAACGUGGUUCGGCACGUUCAGCAUUCCCGCUGCCGGAGGCUAGUCGCGCGAAUUUUCUUUUCGUACCGUCCCCGGUAAUCGAAACACCCGUAAAAUAUGCCGCCGCAAACGAACGUGGUGCCGCAGGAGAAGCUCGAGACACCGACGAGCGGGAUCAACGCCGUUCUGUUGGGACCGCCCGGCAGCGGCAAGGGCACUCAGGCCCCCCUGUUCAAAGACAGAUACUGCGUGUGUCAUCUGUCCACGGGCGAUAUGCUGAGGGCCGAGGUUAGCUCCGGUUCCGCCCUCGGAGCACGGAUUAAGAAAGUAAUGGACGAGGGCAAGUUGGUCAGCGACGACCUGGUGGUCAGCAUGAUCGAGAACAAUCUAGAGAAACCCGAGUGCAAGCGUGGCUUCCUGCUGGAUGGCUUUCCAAGGAGUGUACCUCAAGCGGAGAAGCUCGACGAAAUGCUUAACAAGAGGAAAACUAACCUCGACGCCGUGAUCGAGUUCGGUAUCGACGACAAGUUAUUGAUCAGAAGAAUCACAGGCAGGCUGAUACAUCCGGCCAGUGGUAGAUCUUACCACGAGGUGUUCGCGCCCCCCAAAGCUCCCAUGAAGGACGACAUCACCGGGGAGCCCUUGAUCAAGAGAUCCGACGACAACGAGGACGCCCUGAAGAAACGACUGGCCACAUAUCACACACAGACUGCACCACUCGUCGACUACUACGCUCUACAGGGAAUCCAUUACUACAUUAACGCGGCCCAGUCUGCCGACAAAGUCUUCAAGGACAUCGAUCAGAUCUUCCUAAAGGCCACCAAGAAGAAGGGCAGCUUCUUCAGCAGAUUUUUCUAGAACACUGCCGACAAGGAAGUACUUUCCACAAUGUUCUGUUUUCUUGAAAUUCCACUCCUAGGCUUUGGUUCUUCUGGAAACACGGGGAUAAUUGUAAACACACGCUGAAACGGCGUUUUUUUUUUUUAAUUGUCUAACAACGCUUGUCUAAUAAGAGCAACUCGCGUCUUGAUGCGAUCCUUGAGUAACGUGGAGCGUCACGUUUUCAAGGAUCACUGUAAAAGAUACGAUUUCGUGGCAAUACGUAAAGCAAAGAUAUGUAGCAGUAUUUUAUAGAGACAGACACCAUAUUCUAGAGAGGUAUAAGGUGCUACUGACCGUGCACGCGAUCUGACGAUGCUAAAGAAUGUAAAAUAAUGUGACGCCUAUUAGCUUUAGUAAAGAGACAGAUACAUUUGUAUAUAGUCGUUGAAAAAUAUUCCGAUUCGUUGUUACCUGCAUAUAUAUUUGCGUCCUGUUUUAUAUUGAAUUAUCGAGAAUUUCAUAUAUCUCGACACAUAUUUUCGUUCUUUCUUCACCGCAAGGGCUGGUCGGAAGUAAAAUAUGCGAAACAACGGCGAGGAACGAGCACGAUGACCAUGCACUAUUUACAAAUGCGCACAUUUUGAUAUUAUGUUACUUUUAUCGUUAAACGCGAUCGAUAUACAUAUAUUUUGAUUUUUAUCUUUGGAGAUUUCGACGAGUAUAGAAUUUUCAUUUUUAUGUUUUUUUUUUGCUGCACCGCCAAUAAUCUCAAAAUCAGAUUAUAAUUUUUAAUUAUGAUAAUAUCUAACUGCCACAAUUAAUAUGUGAGAUUUGUGGACCUACGAUCGUAUUACGCUUCUUCGAUCACGUUGCUGAGAGAAUCAGUAUCGAAAAUGCAAAGAGUAACUAUAUAUAUAAGUACAUAAAAAGAAAACAUUACAAAGUUGGCUUCUGAGAGACACGAUUUAACGAGAGUAUGGACAAAGCGCGAUGCAAGUUGGAGACCUGUUUUACAUAGAGAAAUAAAACAAAUAGAUAUAUUUUUUCUGGCCUAACAUAGUUGUCUAUGUGUGUAUACGAAACAAUUGAAACCCCAGUAUUUUCUGGCCGAGAACUUGGAACAUAUUGAUAUAAUAUGUUAAUAUACAUGUUCUAAGGCCGAGAAAGAGACAAAUGUAAAUCUGUACAAGAAUAAAUCACAUGUGAAAUCUUCA